AUGUCUUUCACUCCAAGAACACGCCCAAAAUCAGAAUCCCAAAACUCUAAACCCAAACCCCCAAAAUCAUCUUCUUCGAUUUCAUCACACAGUCUCUUAAUAGAACCAUCGCCGAGCUUCUUCCCAUCAAAGGGCGAGCUCUCGAGGCUAUUCGCGGUUGUUGCCAUUGCGGCAUCAGUAGCAAUCACCUGCAACGUCUUCGUCAACUUUCUCAAUCGCCAGCCAAAACCCUUCUGCGAUAACGACGCAGGUUUCGACAAUUCCUUAUCCGAUUUAUGUGAGCCUUGUCCAAGAAAUGGAGUAUGUCAUGAAGGCAAAUUGGAGUGUGCCCGUGGCUACAGAAAGCUUGGGAAGUUAUGCGUAGAAGAUGCAGAUAUCAAUGAAACAGCUAAGAAACUUGUGCGUGAUGACACUUGCUUGUCAAAAUUGGAAGUAAAAAAAGUCUGUGAAGCAUAUGCUCAAUAUUUGUGCGGUGGAACUGGCACUGUUUGGGUUCAGGAGGAUGAAAUGUGGAAUGAUUUAGAUGAUUCUAAGCUAAUGGAGAAUUAUGGCUUGGAUAGUGCGAUAUAUGUGCAUGCCAAGCAAAGAGCAAUGGAGUCUGUUGAUAAACUAUUGGAGACGAGGAAAAAUAUAAAUGGGAGCAAAGAGUUCAAGUGUCCAGAGUCAUUAGUGGAACAUUACAAACCAGUUACCUGUUACAUCCGACAGUGGAUUGCUGAGCAUGCUUUAAUUUUGGUGCCAUUUACUGCAUUGCUUUUGGGAUGCACAUUGUUACUGUUAAGAAUCCGACGAAGACAUUAUCUAUCAGUUAGAGCUGAACAGCUUUACAACCAGGUAUGCGAUAUCCUUGAAGAGAAGGCCUUGACGUCAAAAGGUGUAAAUGUUGAGCAAGAAGCAUGGGUAGUUGCCUCAUGGUUGCGAGAUCAUCUUCUUUCACCCAGAGAAAGAAAGCACCCAUUGUUAUGGAAAAUGGUUGAGGAUUUGGUUCAGCAAGAUUCUCGUUUAGAUCGGUUCCCAAAGAUGGUGAAGGGUGAGUCUAAGGUGGUCUGGGAAUGGCAAG